UAAUGCCUGUGGUGUCGCCAGUGUUUGAUUGCUCAGCUGUGCUCGAUUGCUUAGGUCUUUCAGCAUGGCGAACUUGGCGGAAGCUACUUCUCCUCAGCAAUUUGAGGAACUACUGCAGAAGGCUGGCAAGUCCCUUGUAGUUGUCCAUUUCCUGGCACCAUGGGCUCCGCAGUGUACCCAAAUGAACGAUGUUAUGGCAGAACUAGCAAAGGAGAAUGCCCAGGUCACGUUCGUUAAGCUUGAAGCAGAAGCUGUGCCUGAGGUAUCUGAGAAAUAUGAAAUUAGUUCUGUUCCAACAUUUUUGUUCUUUAAGAAUAAGCAGAAGGUUGAUAGAUUGGAUGGUGCUCAUGCUCCGGAGCUGACCAAGAAGGUUCAGCGCCAUUCCAGUGCUGCAGUCCCCAUGGGAAUGGGUGUGGCUGCCAAAGAGGAUCUAAACGAGAGGCUGAAGAAGCUGGUGAAUGCAGCACCCUGCAUGCUGUUCAUGAAGGGAUCCCCUCAGGAGCCCUGUUGUGGAUUCAGCAGACAGAUAGUGGAGCUCUUCAAGCAGCACAGCAUUCAGUACAGCAGCUUUGACAUCCUGUCGGACGAGGAGGUUCGGCAGGGGCUGAAGACCUUCUCCAACUGGCCCACCUAUCCGCAGGUGUACGUCAACGGAGAACUGGUUGGGGGGUUGGAUAUUGUAAAGGAACUCGCAGAAUCAGGAGAACUGGAGAAUACCUGUCCAAAAACAAUUACACUUGAAAACAGGCUAAAGUCACUGAUCAAUAAAAAUAACGUAAUGUUGUUUAUGAAAGGAAAUAAAGAGAUGGCUAAAUGUGGAUUCAGUCGGCAGAUAUUAGAAAUGUUGAACAGCACUGGUGUUGAAUAUGAUACUUUUGACAUCCUGCAAGAUGAGGAAGUUAGACAAGGUCUGAAAACAUUUUCCAACUGGCCAACAUACCCUCAGCUUUAUGUGAAAGGUGAACUCAUUGGAGGACAUGACAUAGUGAAGGAACUUAAAGAAAGCGGUGAUCUAGAGUCAGUUUUGAAGGGAGAAAACUAAUCGUCAGUGACAUCACAGAAUGUAUUUGACAUCACAGAAUGUACUGCAGGAGAUUCCAGAAUUUACUCCAUAGUCAAUAUAAUAGAAGUCGGGCUGGACAUUUAAUUGUGUGUCUCAUUUUCUUUUUCAAAUUCAUUUCUGAGUAGAUGUUGCAUUUUAAACUCAAGAUUAGUGCUAAUCGUGGUCUGUGAAAAAAAAAACAAAAAAAAACAAAAAAAAAAACAUGAUGGAGUCUGCGGUGUGUUUACUGCAGAAGUCUGGAGGGGCUGGCACUAUGCCUAUAGGGGUGUUGUGCAAUUAGCCGUUAACAAAUACCUAUUCAUGCUGCAGUAAGCACACCUGUGGCUCUGCCCCGUAAUUAUAGCUCUCGAGUAAAUACACUUUCUGGGCGUUAUUUAACAACAGAUGGAAGGACAAAGGCACAUUGUCUGCAAGGAAUAAAACCCAUUUAAAUGGUAUAAAACUAGCAAGAAACAACUUGGUUGCAGCUAGAAGCAGGUUCUGAGCAAUCCCUUGCUAGUUUCAUACCUUUCAGAAAAUGUGCCCUUGCGAUUGUUUGUAAAUAGGGCCAUACAUCUAGAUUAUAUAUUAAAUGUGAAUUAUUCCUCCUAAAGUUAAUAUUUUUAACAAAACACAGUACUUAACAGAUAAGAAAGAUAUAGACAGGCACUUAUUUGUUUAAGUUGGCAAGAGGUCCAUAUAACGUCUAUGGUUCAGAUCAGUAAUGAAAGCUAGGAAGUUUGUCUUCGGAUUCUUACACGUGACCACAAGAUGGUGUCAUUUUCCCAUAUUCCUAAAAUGCAAUGGCUUUCAUGAGGCAUUGUGCUUUUUCAUACACAGUGCUCUUUGGGUAUUCUAGAUACUGACAUUUGGCUUGGUGGUAGAUAUGUUUGUAUACAUGUUAAGUCUUAAGCUUUGUAUUCAAGACAUUGAAAGGUUUGCCAUUGAAUUGAUUAUGUUUUAUUUUGUAUAUCUACAUUUAGCACUAUUGAGUGUUUCAUAGUUAUGGAUGAUGAUUCAUUUUUUAGACAAAACUUGAAUCAACUAUUAGCAUAUAUUAAAGUGUUAGAGAGACUUAACCAAAAGCUGAAAUGGAGCUAUCAGCUUUUCAGACAAUGAUGGUGCUAACAAAUAAUGGGGAAUUUUUCUUUCAAUUUGUAUGUUUUGAACACUAUUUGCAAAAAGCACGCUCUCUUGUAUGUUUGUGUUCACCUGCACCUAUACAAGUAGUAUGCCAAAUGUAUAAUGGAUUUCCUAAUUCUCCUUUGUCAUACAUAAAUUAUGGUCUGCCAGGUGAUAGUACUUUGGUAUCUGAAUGAUAAAAACAGGAGAUGCAGCAAUUGCAAACAGAGACCUUCGUAGAGUAGCUUUAGAAUUUAAAGUUAGAUACCCAGCCACCCACACAUGCAUAUUAAGAGAUCUCAAAGGUAAGGCUUCUUUCAUCUAUAUAAAACCAGCUAAACUGGGGAGACCUGAACACAUCUAGAUCAAUUCCAAAUCUGCUACUAACUCAAUUCUGAACAAAAUCCUAAUAGAUCCAGGAGGGAACCCUGCUGCUUUUACAGAAGCUAUUAUUUUAUCUAGACACUAGUAUGCUUUUAUAAUGUAGGGUUAAUGCUCCAGACAAUCCUGACUUCUUACAGAAUGGUCACUGACUUGUAUAAUAUUCUCCCUGUGUUAAUAAUAAAUAAUAAAAGAUAAUCCACUGAAGUAAACCUGUCACUCAAACUUUCUUUAGAAAAUAAAUGUUUAUUUCUGAACAUCA